AUGAAUGGCGUGCAGCCGCCUGGGCACCCGCGCGCCGACCUGUGCGUGGUUGCGGUGCGCCCUUACAGAGCGGGUGACAUCGUCCUGUGCAAAGGCGGACUAAAAGAUCUUACCAAGGAUGAGGAUGUAGCGCUGCGCGAAGAGGCGGCUGCUAGUCGGGAAUCGAGAAGCACCUCCAAGGCCUACAAUGGAGUCCUUGGUCCUGGUCGAGAUUUCUCCAUCAUCAGGAGCGCUCGGAAAGGCUGCAGCCAGCUUUUGCUGGGGCCGGCAAGAUUCGUCAAUCACGACUGCAACGCGAACACCGAAUUCUACCGCUUAGGUCAAACCCAAAUCGCUUUCAAAGCACUGAGGGCUAUCGCAGUGAAUGAGGAGGUGACCACAUACUACGGCGAUAACUACUUCGAAUGGGGCAAUGCGGAGUGCAUGUGUGCGACUUGCGAGGAGCGGGGCAAGGGA